UCAUCACGCGCUGCAAGGAUAGAAAGAGAGAGAAAAAGGCGUCGAACCAAAAUCGCGAAUCUCAUUCUCCGUUUGGCGUUGGCGAUCCUCCUCUCCGCUCUCGCUGCCACCACCGCACGCACAGAGCGAGCCACCGCUGCCAGCACCAAUGCCCGCUCAGAAGCGUUCCUUCCCCGACACUCCUCACGAUCACCACCGCCACGCCAAGCAACACCACCACCAACCACAAGAAGAAGAAGAAGAAGAAGAACCACAACAAAACGAAGGAGAAGAAGACGAUGAUGAUAACAAAUCAGAUGAUUCUCGCCACGCUCCGUCCUCUCCCUCCGAAGAAAAAUCCGAAUUUGUAUUUGUAGAACUUCUGGAAAUACGCAAAGAAGUUCAAUGUCCAAUUUGCCUUGGUAUUAUUAAGAAAACACGAACUGUUAUGGAAUGCUUGCACCGAUUUUGCAGGGAAUGUAUUGACAAGUCGAUGCGACUAGGGAACAAUGAAUGUCCUGCUUGUCGCACACACUGUGCCAGUCGUCGUUCUUUGAGAGACGAUCCAAACUAUGAUGCCCUAAUUGCAGCUCUGUAUCCGGAUAUUGAGAAAUAUGAGGAAGAGGAGCUUGAAUUUCGUGAAGAGGACAAGAACCGCAAUAAGCUGAUUCAGGCUUCAAUUGCAAAAGUUGUUCAAAGACAAUCUGAAGCACUGGUUAAGAGACGUACACCUGGUUCGUAUCUGACAAGAUCACAGCGCAAUCAAAGAAAUAUUCUUUCUAGGAGACAAAACCAAAUGAUUGAUAAUCAAGGUUCUGAAGAUAACGAGGAGGAAAAUGACAAUAAUGAAAAGGACUCAUCUUCCACAGAUGAGCGAUGUACAGAACUCAGGCAGAGAAGGCGAAAAAGGCGGACCAGAGGACGCCCUUCUCAGCCCUCAUCAUCGACAGCAAGUCCUGAUGGUGGAUGCAUAGAAAGUGAUAUGGAUAUAAGUCGAGAAAAUCGAGGAAUUUCUUCUAGACAGAUGUCAAAACCGCAAAAGCUAACUUGGGGAAGGGGUGGCUUUAGGAGUCACACACGUCAUGGCAGUGGCAAUGGUAGCAAUAGCAAAAGUUCCCGCAGUAUUCGCUUGGCUAAGUUAGUUGAUUAUCUCCGUAACUUGAAUGAAAACACUGAUGAGUUAGAUGUCCAUCUCAUUCUUUUGUCUUUGGACAAAGAAAGUACACCAAGCUUGCAGCAGCCACACCUUUGCUGUCGGCCAACAUUGUCCGUGAAGCACCUUUGUGAAUAUGUUGCUCGUCAGAUUCCUUUGCUAGUUGAAGAAGUUGAGAUAUUGGCAGUUAAAGGAUGCUGCAGUGCAGUUUGUGACAAGUCAUCUGAUGAGACUUCAUCCUCUGAUGAGCUAACUACGCUUGUUAUAGAUCCUAGCAAAGAUGAACUGGAAACUUUGCAAGGUCAUGAAUCUUUGGCAGGGCUUAAAUUAAAAUCCAUUUCUAAAAGGGAGCAUUUGAUUCUGGCAUACAGGCGGAAGGAAUGAGAGCAUUAUAUACAGUUUUGAGAUUUAUGAAUACCAGGACUUAUUCUGUACCUACAUAGGAAAAAUAUCAACUACAAAACUAUAUAUAGUUAAGUAAUAUGAACCUCCCGAAAAGUUAAUAGACAGUUUUGAUAUUUAUUGAUGUUAGGACAUAUUCUAUAUGUACACAGGAAAAUUUUCAACUAAAAAACUAUUGUAGUAACAUGAACCUCCCCAAAGGUUAUUCAUAUACGAGUUUGUUUCAACUUGCACAAGUUU